AUCUGUAAGUAGACAUGGCUUCAUCAUCACACAUUGACUUGUCUGGACCUACUUACUGUGUGCUGACGGGCGCAUCACAGGGCAUUGGUAGGGCCCUUGCAGUUGAGGUUUCCAAACUGCUUGGUCCCAAGUCCUUGAUGCUGCUUUUAGCAAGGAACAAGACUGAGCUGGCGAAAACUGCAGAACUAUGUACAUCGUCUAAUGUAAAGGUUCUUUAUGAGUCAAUAGAUUUGUCCCGUUCUACUAACUCACAAAUGAAAGAUGCCCUCAGUAAGUCUCUUGAAGGUUGGAAUAUCAAGGACUUUGCUACUAAUGUUAUCUUCCAUAAUGUUGGUUCGUUAGGCAACUUGUCAGUGGAGACAUCAAAGAUGGGGGAUGUAGAUGAGUUGAGAGAAUACUAUGAUUUGAAUGUGUUUAAAGUAAUAUCUUUGAAUACUCAGUUUCUCAAGAUAUUUGAGGAGGUUGAGGAGAGGGUUGUGAUUGUGAACAUUACAUCCCUCUGUGCUAUCAAGCCGAUGGGGGGUAUGGCAUACUAUUGUAGUGGGAAGGCAGCCAGAGAGAUGUACUUCAAAGUACUUGCCGAAGAGAAAAAGCAUAUCCGUGUACUCAACUACUCCCCUGGGCCUGUGGAGACGGCUAUGAUUGACUUUGUGCUCGCUGAGGCUGUAAAUGAUAAUUUAAAGGAUGUGUUUACAUCUUUCAAAAAUCAAGGUACACUAUUAAAGCCUGAAGCGACUGCAAAGAAGUGUAUGAAGGUUCUUCUAGCUGGCCGGUUUACUCCAGGGGAACAUGUUGACUACUUUGAUGAUGAAUAAACCUAGUAUGAUACUGGCUCUUCUUAAAUUUUGUAGCUUUCUUACUAAACAUUCCUCAUUGCCAAAUUGAAUUUAGGACUAGUAUUCUUGUGAUUCUUAUCUAUACAAAUCAAUAUGUAUAUUUAAAAUUUAAAAAUUUAAUUAAUAAUAGUUAAUAUUUAACAAAGAUCGCUUUCCUAAGAAGUAUAAAAAAAUAUAGGCCUAGUAGAAUAUUUAUUUCCUAUCAAAUGUAUUUGAUGGAACUAUGAAAGUUGCUCUCUAUAUUUUGUUAAAGAUUAUUGGUUAUUUUAUUCAUUUGGUAGACUAAAAUUACAUUGUUAAUAUAAUAGAUUGUUUUUCCAAUUGCCAGUUACUACAUUCAUUGAAGGAUUUAAUAAAUUUGUUAAUCUUAAAGAACUUUAAAAUUACAAGACAAUAUCAUACUUACUUACUUUACACACAAAUAAUUGUGUAACUGGCACUUGUUUUAGUAUAAUACAUUAUAUCAGUGUUCCUUAACUCAUAAAUAAAGUUAUGUUAUCUAUAUAACAUAUUUAUAUAUAUGCUGACACAGAUUUCUGUAAUAUGAAACUUGUAGUGAUAUUAACAUUCCAUGUAUGUAAGGGUGAUUUCAUUAUUGGUGGCUCUCAGGGGGUUUCCACAGUUCACAGAAUCACUUUUCAUGGAAAGCACGAUUCGCCGAAAAAAUUUUAUAUCUCAAGUACCUUACAGUUUAUUACAAUGUUUUUAACCAACUUAAUCUAAUUAUGUUAAGCAGAACUGAAUUUACCGAAUAUUUUAAAUCAAUCUUAUCUAAAUUUUGAGAAACCAGAAAAAUUUUUCGUCGAAACGUGCUUUCGAUGAAGAGUGAUUCUGUGAACUGUGGACACCUCGGUUCUCAGAACGUCUCCAACGACGCGGCCGCGCUGUCAUCACAAUUUUUCAAACCUUAACAAAGACAAGAAUUCGUUUUAGCUACCACCUGACUCUACUGAAGUAAUGUCAAUUUUACCAAUGAUUGAUUUUUGAAAUUAAACAUAAUGAGAGGAACAUCCUUCCUCAGGAAAAUUAACGGAUCGUAAUGACAGCGCGGCCGCAGUGGUCGAAACGCUCUGAGAAUCUUAUUUAAUAUGUCUUUAAUAUACUAAUGUGAAUCUUGUUCACGUUGGAACAAAAGUUCUAUAAGUACUUAAUGUUUAUAAGCUUAUUCAAAAGAUUGUUUUUUUUUUCUUGUGUUGACCACAACACCCUUUACUUGUGUACUAACAUAUCUAUGAAUGCAAUUCAUAUUUAAAAAUAAAUGCUUGAUUUGAA